AUGCGCGCCUUAGACGCAAUCAUUGUUCCGCCUAUAUCAACGACUCAUGUAUCUGGCAGUGGUAACGGUGAUAGCGGAGUUUCCCAGGAUCGAAUGGAUUCGGCUAUCGCACUUGUCGAUGAAAUUGAAAAAAAUAACAAUAGUAAUAAAAGAAAGGGAAAGGGUGCUUCGAUUAGAAUACUAGCAGAAGCUUGUUCCCCGGGUAAUUCUCCUAUACUGACAACAGAAUCAUUACCGAAUGAGUCAUCAAAAGGUAAAGAAACGGAGAAUAUCGUUGAAGAAAUGGAAGGCGACGUUGAAGAGGAAGCGAAUGUUUGUCAUUUCGAUAAAUUGCCUUUGGAAGUGAAAGUAAAGAUUUUCAAAUGUUUGGAGGUGGUCGAGGUUAUCACGGCCUCUAUGGUUUGUCGAUCUUGGUAUAAUUUAGCAUUCGAUGGAGCAUUAUGGUCAAGACUUGAUGUAGCGCCAUUUUACCAGAAAAUUUCGGCCAGUCAACUCGUGGCAUUAUGGAAAUCCGCUGGUGGAUUUUUAAAAGAGGUCAACUUUCGAGGAUGUGUUCAAUUGAGCUCUUUAAAUGUUCGUGAAUUAACGCCAUAUUGUCCCAAUAUUCAGAAACUUGAUUUAUCCGGAUGUCGUAAUCUCGAUUUCGCCGCCAUAGAUUUUCUGUUAUCACAUCUUCACGAUCUUGAAGAAUUAAAUAUUUCAUGCUUAGAUUUGAAAAGUUCGCAAAAUUAUUACACUCGAACGCUUGCCAAACAAUGCAAAAAAUUGAAAAAGGUUAAUAUGAGUUGGUGUCGUUGCAUGACCGCAAGGGAUGUAGAGACUCUGGUGAAGGGAUGUAAAAAAUUGACGAGCUUGAAGCUGGAUGGAAUUGCAAAGCUCAACGAAUCUACAUUUACGCUGAUUGGUGAAUUACGACAUUUGCAAGUUCUCUCGCUUGAUUCGUGUCCAACUGUCGAUGAUAAUCUUAUCGCGGCUCUUUUUCAAUCGGGCAGUAAUAAUGAUAAUAGUUCCACAAUAGCAGCCACAAUGACAACCACCACAUAUUCAUCAUCGCCACCUCCAAUUGCUCAUCUCAAUCUUUCGAAUAAUCCUCAUUUGACCGAUACUGCAUUACAAGAUAUUGCUGAUUUUUGCCCAUUACUGACGCAUCUACAACUUCAUGGAUGUCCGGGUUUCACCGAUUCUGGUCUAACUUAUCUCGCUUCAAAAUGUACAGAACUUCAGGCAAUUGAUUUAGAGGACUGUAAUACGGCCGUUAAUGACGAGGUGUUGGAAGCAUUUGCAACUCAUCUGGAAAAAUUACGAAUAAUUUGCCUAAGUUAUUGUGAUCAAAUUACGGACGAAGGUGUUACAAAUCUAUUACGUGAAUGCACUCAUAUAAGUCGAAUUGAUUUAGACCAAUGUCAAUCACUCACCGAUACAGUGCUAAGGAAUCUCACCACAAUCUUGACUACUACUGCCUCUAUAGAAGAUAGAAUAAACAAUACAAAUAAUCUAUUCAAUGAUGACGAUGGACUGGUUUCUCAUAAGAACAAUAAUACUAGACCAAGGCUAAUAGAGAUUGAAAUAUUUGAUUGUCGUAAUAUUUCAAUUUCCGCCGUUCGUGAAACUGUACAAAAAGUAUCGGCAGCCGGUGUAUUAUUAAAGUUGAAAGGAUAUUACGCGUGGCAAGCCAGUGGCAACACGCGUAAUCGUGAGCAGGAAGGCAAUAACACGGAAACAGAAGACGAUGAAAAUAGUGGGCGACAAAAUGAUGAAGCUGGAACUAAUAUUCAUCACUCAUUUUGGGCUCGAAAUAGGAUAUUUAGGCAUUUACGGAAUGUCAACAUAAUUCCAGAUAUAGCGAUGAGAUUCCAAUUUCAGGCAGCUUUCAGAGGCGCCGGAUUCCGAGGCGGACAGAAUGGCCGAAGAAUGAUGGGUCAAUGUAUUAUAUUGUAA